CGGCGCCUUAUACCCCGAACAUGCUUCCCAUGUCCUAUAAAACUCAACGAGACCUUAGUUUAGCCAAAUUCAAAAACGAUAUCUCUUAGGUUAAACUUGUUUCGUUAACAAAAACGGUCACCAUGUAUUUUACUCUCAUUAUCACCUUGGCAUCCUUAACUGUCAGUGCUGUGAAUAUUGUGGAUUUGUCCGACGUAAAUUGGACGCUCAGGAAUGAUGAAUUGGAUAUCUCAGUCCCUGGAAAAGUCCCUUCUCACGUGCACCUGGACUUAUAUGCAUCGAAUAUAAUAGAAGACCCGUACUAUGGACUUAACGAUUUCGAUUUGCGAUGGGUUGCCUUGUCAAACUGGACUUAUACCUCUAGCCUACCGAUACCAUCGUCGGCGGAAGAUAGUAGCACGAUUCUUCUAUUCAAUGGGCUUGAUACCUUUGCUGAUAUCCGGCUCUGCUCACAGCCCGUAGCAAAUACAAACAAUCAGUUUCGCCAAUACUUUUUCAACGUCACCGAUAUCAUAUCCAGCUGCGGAUCAAGCUCUCCUGAGCUCGAGGUUAAUUUUGGCAGUGCUCCGACAAUUGCUGAGCAGAUCGCGAAUGAACCAGGUCAGGAGACCUGGCCAUGGGGGAUUGAAGGGCUAUUUGAAUUUCCUCACCGGCAAUUCAUUCGAAAGGAGCAGUCGGACUUUGGUUGGGAUUGGGGGCCGGCAUUCGCUCCAUCUGGUAUCUGGCAGAAGGCAUGGGCUCUUCAACUGCACGGAGAUGAGAUUUAUGUUCGAAACUCGUUGCUGGACAUAUAUCGCGAAGGCCAAUUGAAUAACCUCCCACCGGAUCAGUCCGCAAACUGGGUACUAAAUGCCAGCGUCGAUGUGAUUGGCACUCUACCGGAAGGCGCCAGCAUGAACUUCAAAAUAAUUGACGCUGGUACUCGGGAAGAAGUGAGUAGUGGAAGCUUAUCCAAUAUUACGAAUGAUGGCGACGUUAUUACUGGUUUGGCUGUUCUCAACGCGAAAGAUUACAAGCUCUGGUGGCCAAACGAAUUGGGAUUACAGAAUCUUUACAACAUCACUGUUGAUAUAGUAUCGGGCUCGGGCACGAUUCUGUCCUCGGUAACGAAACGGACUGGCUUUCGAACAAUCGUCCUAAAUAUGGGCGCUAUCGAAGAUGAACUCCUAUCGAAGGGAGUAGCUCCUGGAAAUCACUGGCAUUUCGAAGUAAAUGGCCAGCCAUUUUAUGCCAAGGGGAGCAAUUUCAUUCCGCCGGAUGUCUUCUGGCCGCGGGUAACCCCAGACAGAAUCCGACAAUUAUUCGACUCUGUCGUUGCUGGGAAUCAGAACAUGCUCCGCGUUUGGGCAAGUGGCGCUUAUUCCCCUGAUUUCAUGUAUGAUAUUGCAGAUGAGUUAGGAAUAUUGCUCUGGUCGGAAUUUCAGUUCGGCGAUGCGCUUUACCCCGUCGACCCUGAUUUCCUCGAAAACUGCCGGUUAGAGGCUGUCUACCAAGUUCGGCGUGUAAACCAUCACCCCUCGCUAGCUCUCUGGGCUGGCGGGAAUGAGCUCGAAUCUCUUGAGCUUGCGUUACUUCCGCCAAAUACGCCGACUUAUUAUCGUUACCAGCAAGAGUACGAGACCUUAUUCCUGCGCACGCUUUUGCCAGCUGUCUAUGGCAACAGCCGUAGUAUCUCGUACACCCCAAGCAGCACAUCAAAUGGGUACUUAUCGCUCAAUUUCAGCAACUCUAUCCCGAUGACAGAGCGAUACAAUAACGCUACCCCUGGAGAGAUUUACGGCAACUCAGACCACUACAACUAUUACUCGUAUUUCGCAUUCGAUAUAUCCACUUACCCAAUAGGACGGUUCGCAAACGAAUUCGGCUUCCACAGCAUGCCAAGCAUCCAGUCGUGGAGACAGGCCGUUCCGGAAGAGGACCUCAGCUUCAACAGUUCAACCGUCGUACUCCGAAACCACCAUUACCCCGCCGGCGGGCUCAGCACAUCCAAUUUCGCUAAUGCGAGCAAGGGGAUGGCCGAGAUGACGAUCGCGGUCCAGAGGUACUACCCCGCGCCGUCGAAAGUCGACCCCAUAGCCAACUUCUCGGCCUGGAUCCACACGACGCAGAUCUUCCAGGCUGAUUUUUAUAAAAAUCAGAUUCAGUUCUACCGCAUCGGGUCCGGGAGGCCGGAACACCAAUUGGGCAGUCUAUACUGGCAGCUCGAGGACAUCUGGCAAGCGCCGACGUGGGCGGGAAUUGAAUACGACGGCAGGUGGAAGGCGCUACACAGCGUCGCGAAGGACAUCUACCAGAACGUCAUCAUCGCGCCCCUGUGGAAUCUCACGAGCGGUAUAUUAGAAGUCUACGCCGUAAGCGACCUAUGGGACGAAGUACAGGGCACAGCGAGUCUCGGGUGGGUUUCCUGGGACGGCGCGGUCGUUGACGUUUCUAAUGAGACGAAAGAGGUGGAUUUUACCGUGGGGGAAUUGAAUGCUACGUUAUUGGCGACGAUCAAUAUCAAUGAACUGAAAGAAAGCGCGGCUAUUAAUGCUAGCGAGGUCGUAUUCGUGGCGAACCUUACGGCGACGGGGACGCCGCCGAAUUCUGAGGCGACGAGGACUUAUACCCAUACUAAUUGGUGGACGCCUACUCCCUUGGCGUCUGCUGCGCUGGUGGAUCCGGGGUUGACUGUUGAACAUGAUGGGAGCGCUGAUGAGUUUAUGGUUAGGGCUGAGAAGGGGACGAGUAUUUGGACGUGGGUGAGUCUGGAUGGGGAUGAUGCUGAUGAUGUUAUUGUUGCUUUUGAGGAGAAUGGGUUCUUGUUGAAAAAGGGGGAGGAGAAGCGUAUUAAGCGUAACGUGAUGAAGGAUAGUGGGGAGAGGGUAGAAUGGGAGAGUAGGGUUAGUGCGAAGAGUAUUUGGGAAAAUACUUUACCGUAAGGUAUGGAAUUUAGCUGUAAGGCGUGGGAUAAUCAUAAUUCGAGAUAUUUAUUAGGUUGAAGGGAUGACAGAGUCAGGAAAGGGGUAACACUGUCUCACUGGCAGCUGUCAAGCCCUUGCACCGGACCGAUUUUAGUGUGCUGGUAAGGUAGCAUUUAUGGAUAUUAUGGGUCUAGCUAGCUCACCAACACCGAAUCACACCGCUAGCACC